GGCUGCGGCGUCCUCAACGCCGGCUGCGUUAUUCACGGUUGCAGCAGCGAGAGGAGCGGCGGCCGCUAAGAGAGAUCCCCGGGGGAGAGGGACGGUGCCCGAGAGGGAGGGGGCGCGCCUCGGCUUUGCUGCUGCCUUCCUCGCGCAGGUGGAGGGCAGUGCGUGCUGGCGGGGGGCAGUGCCAGGUGAGUCUGCACCUGCCCGCCGCUAUGGCCGGUUCCGAGCAGGACAGCGGCGUCGGAGAGGAGCCGCUGCCCAUUGAGGACUCGGAGUUGGCGCUGGCCGGCAUCAACAUGCUGCUUAACAACGGCUUCCGGGAGUCCGACCAGCUCUUCAGGAAAUACAGAAACCAUAGCCCAUUAAUGAGUUUUGGAGCCAGCUUUGUCAGUUUUUUGAAUGCCAUGAUGACUUUUGAAGAAGAAAAAAUGCAGUUGGCGUGUGAUGACUUAAAGGUUACUGAAAAACUGUGUGAGAGUGAAGAAGCAGGAGUUAUAGAAACAAUCAAAAAUAAAAUUAAAAAGAAUGUUGAUGGCCGAAAGGCUGCCCCAUCCAUGAUCGAUCGUCUGCAGAGACAGAUAAUUGUAGCUGACUGUCAAGUUUAUCUUGCUGUGCUUUCUUUUGUAAAACAAGAAUUAUCAGCUUAUAUAAAAGGUGGGUGGAUCCUUCGAAAAGCUUGGAAAAUCUACAAUAAGUGCUACACGGACAUUAAUACACUUCAGGAAUUGUGUCAGAAGAUAACUCAGGCAUCUCUGACUUCUGAUGCUGCCAAUGACAAUCACAUUGCUGCAGAAGGUGUAACGGAGGAUUCGCUAAACAGACUGAAAGGUGCUGUUAGCUUUGGAUAUGGACUUUUUCACCUUUGCAUAUCCAUGGUGCCCCCAAACCUGCUCAAAAUCAUCAAUCUGCUGGGUUUUCCUGGAGACCGCCUGCAGGGGCUUGCUUCACUGAUGUAUGCAAGUGAAAGUAAGGACAUGAAGGCCCCUUUAGCUACAUUAGCCUUGUUGUGGUACCACACUGUAGUUCGUCCUUUUUUUGCUUUGGAUGGCAGUGAUACCAAAGCAGGAUUGCAAGAAGCUAAAGACAUUCUUCAGAAAAAAGAAGCUGCUUAUCCAAAUUCCUCUCUGUUUAUGUUCUUCAAGGGAAGGAUACAACGCUUAGAGUGUCAAAUCAACAGUGCCUUGACCUCCUUUCACACAGCUUUGGAGUUUGCAACUGAUCAGAGGGAGAUUCAACAUGUCUGUCUGUAUGAAAUUGGCUGGUGUAGUAUGAUUGAAAUGAAUUUCAAGGAUGCAUUUGAAUCCUUUGAGCGUCUGAAAAAUGAAUCAAGAUGGUCCCAGUGCUAUUAUGCCUAUUUAACAGCAGUGUGUCAGGGGGCUACUGGUGAUGUGAAUGGUGCACAGAAUGUAUUCAAGGAAGUCCAGAAGCUUUUUAAAAGAAAAAACAAUCAAAUUGAGCAGUUUUCAGUCAAAAAGGCAGAUCGAUUUAGGAAACAAAAACCAACCAAAGAGCUAUGUGUACUGGCAUCCAUUGAAGUGCUGUAUUUAUGGAAAGCACUUCCAAAUUGUUCAUUCACCAACCUGCAACACAUGAGUCAAGCUUGCCAAGAAGUUGAUGAUUCUGCUGUUGUUGGUUUGAAGAAUUUGCUACUUGGUGCCAUACAUAAGUGUUUAGGAAAUUCUGAAGAUGCUGUGCAGUUCUUCCAACGAGCCGUUAAAGAUGAACUGUGUCGCCAGCACAAUUUAUAUAUUCAGCCGUAUGCUUGCUAUGAACUUGGCUGUCUUUUAUUAGAAAACCCACAGACUGUGCCAAGAGGGAAAUCCUUAUUGCUUCAGGCUAAGGAGGAAUUCACAGGGUAUGAUUUUGAAAACCGAUUGCAUGUCCGCAUACAUGCAGCGCUGGCCUCUCUGAGGGAAGUGGUCCCUCAGUGAUCGAUGGGAAGCUUUCUAUUCUCACAGUUUGUGCAUAAGACAACUCAGAGAACAAAGAUGUUGUGAAGACCAACAUCUCUUUUGGAAGACCACCUGUGCCAGAGACAUUUUCCACAGCAUGUAGAGUUGGUGACAGAGAAAAAUGUUUCACUCUUUAACAAUCAAGGACAAAAUUAGGCUGAAAUGUCAACUGAACUUGGGCUCAGUCCAUUAGGAAUUUCUUCUGAGUAAGCCCUAUUAAAAGAAUGGAAGGUGAAAAUUGGGCUGCUGCCCAGCACCUGUGGUUCAGUAGGGCUUGACCAGAAGAACAGUCUAGAACACUGUUCUUGUGUCCUAACGCUUCAUAGAUUUGUUUUUUGUUUUAGCCAAGCUGAGCAUUAUAGCCUGUGAUUGUACAAAUGAGCCUACGGUAAGCACAUUUUGAUUUCAUAUAACCAAGUUGGCUCAGUUUCUGCAAGUCAGGUCUUUUUUUUCUGCUUAAAUAGAUGUCCAUGGUAUUUUGUACGGGAGAACUACCUGUUCAUGAAAAGUAGUAUAGAUUGGCAGGAGUAGCUAUAAUUUUAUCCAAAAACCCUGCCCUGUGGAGCUGAGGAGGAGAGUGGCUUGCUGUAGCACAAUCCGCUUCCUGUACAUUUAUUAGCUCAUUCAAAUGUGUGUGAAUAAUGAACCCCUGUAUUCCGAUAAAUAAUGAGAAUGUCUAGAAACUAAUUUUUCAGACAAAUAUUUAUUUUCGUCCUUUUGUUACUGUGUUUUUGAACAGUACAGUGGCCUCUUAGCCUUGCUGUGUUACAAGGUGCUGACUGGUUCUUUCACUUUUAAAGCCUUUUAAAAGUGACAUUUAAAAUCCUAUAUUAGUGCCAGAUUGAUGUGCUAAAUAUGACCUUCAAUAUGCCAUAGGGCUUAUUGUGCUGUUGCCAUAUCGUUCAUACUCCAGCUUUAGAGCUAAUAUAUAACUUCUCUAUUUUUUCUGUUUCUGCAAGCAAAUUAUUUAAUAUUUUUAAUUAGGGUCGGUGAGAUAUAGGAGGAAACAAUUCUUAGGAUUGUACUUUUUCAGAGUACUUGAAAUGUAUAACAUUGUGAAGAUAAAAUAGAUCUUUUUCUAAGAAAGUAA